GUAAUUACUGUUUAACAGCUCGCUUUCAGCACUCUAACACGCUUUUCGAAUUCCUCACCGCCCCCUUCACUGGCACAGCUACCAUUACCGCCAUCUCUCCUUCUUUCCUCAAGCAAGCCACGAUGCCUUUAAAGGUCACCCAGCUGCUGCUGGCGGUGCUGCUGGUCACGGCGGCGCUCUCCGCGGAGGCGCGUCUUGUCGUGCGCAUGGUUCAAGUCGCGCAUCGCCACGGUGCGCGUGGCUCUACUGCGGUAGAGCAUUCCGUGGACAUCUGCGGCACCGAGUACCCGUGUGGUGAGCUCACGGGCGUGGGCAUCGAGAUGCUCAACUCCGUGGGCCGCUUCGUGCGUGCGCGCUACAGCAACCUCUCGCUGGUGGAGGAGCCACUCAUCCCGUCCACGCGCUACAACUCCUCGGUGGUGUACACCCGCUCCACAGGCCUCCAGCGUACCAUCCAGAGCGCCACCGCCUUCCUGAGCGGCCUCUUUCCGGACGACUACUUCUAUCCGGUGGUGUACUCUCACAAUUACACAACUGACACAUUUUUAACCACGGACCCUACGCCCUAUGUUUUUGGUCGCCGCUCCUUAGAGAUGGACUUGAUGGAUGCUGCGCUCAACCCCAUCGUCGAUUCGUACCUUUCCAGGGAGCAGAUUGCGGCCGCUGCGAAGGAUGCCUACAUCGAGGAUAUUUGCAGUGAUUUCACACAGCGCUCCAACUGUGCUUACAGGCUCUACGACGUUGCGACUUCCUUCGAAGCUGCCGGACGUCUCUCCAGCAGGACGAAUCUGGUUGCGGCGAUGCCGGGCCUUUCAGCUUACAUGAUUGGGUGGUACCGCUACAUCUACGACUACAACAAGUCCGUGGAGCUGGACAGAAUGCAAGGGUCCUGCGCCCAGAAUCUCGCGCAGACCAUGCUGGCCAACAUCGACGCACACAAGCUGUCGCCGUCCUUCAAGCUGUACGAGUUCAGCACGCACGACACGAUGGUGUCGCCGCUCGCCAUGACCUUCGGUGACCACAACAACGUGACCAUGAAUCCUCCGUACGCCACCACCAUCAUCGUGGAGCUGCUGCAGGACACGGAGUCGCCCAACGACUGGUACGUGCGUCCGGUGCGCGGCAACCCGACACGGCAGGCCAACGGCAGCUAUAUGUUUGUGCUGAAUGACAUGGAGGUGCGCUGCAUCGACGCUGCCGGCAACCAGUACCUGGCGACAACCGGCAUCUGUCCGCUCGACGGCUUCCGCCGCAUGGUGGACUACUCCCGCCCCUCCGUCCCCAACGGGCAGUGCACCUUGACGCCGCACCAGAGGGAGAACAUGGGAUGCCCGCGCACCGUUGCGGAUGGCAAGCCAGUUCCGUACUACUGCUGGCUCUACCGCUAUGUAUGCCCUCAGACCGCCUGCCCUGACGGGUACGUCCUGGGUCGCGAGGACCUCCAGUGCUACCCGCUUGGCCCGACCACCACCCCUGCCCCGCAACCGAACUCAUCGCCGGUCCCCAUGGCGUGGACGCCGCGCACGAUGGACCCAAAGAAGACUAAGGACACCGCUGUUGGUCUUCUCCGCGGCGUCGAGGAGGGUGUCGUGCUCGGUUCGGCCAUUCGCAAGCACGGUGAGUGA